AUGUGUCCUCCUCCAAACAAGUUGUCUACAAGGGGUCGGCCCAAUGAACCUAAGGGUUCUACCAGACGCAUUCCUGGUUCUUGGAAGAAUGUUGAUGCAGUACAUGGGUCAAAGCAAGGUAGCAACUCAUCAGCUCCACAAGGCAAGGGGCGUAAGACCCGGUCAACAAAACGGAAGAGCAUUCCUUCCAAUCAAUUUGCACCUAAGAAGAGAAGCAAGAGGAUAGCAAGCAAGUCAGCUCAGCUCCCGCCACAGCACCUGAAAUGCAAAGUUUACUCGGCCAACUACAUCCAUGAAGUGCCCGAAUUCCUCCGUGAGUAUGUCAUUGACAUUCACAAUGUUGAAAAUGAUGGCAAUUGUGGAUAUAGAUGCAUUUCUUACUUGAUGGGUAAGGGAGAACAAAAUUGGAAGCAAGUUCGAGAAGACAUGAUAAAGGAGUUUACAUUACGGCAAGGUGUUUAUCAUGGUUGUGUUCGUGACCUUGUCGAAUCGGGGGGCGCCACCUACUUCCCUCUCACCGGUCCAGUGCUACAUCCGUCAGAGCACCAGAUUAUAUGUUUACUCCUUGUCAACAACAGCCACUGGGUGAAGGUGCUUAUUUCAACUGACUUUCCUUUGCCAACGAUUAAUCCACAAUGGAUUUAUCAAUGUACUGUUGAAGCUCGUGGUUGGCAGCUACCGUACUUGGAUCGCAUGACCCUAUUCAACAAACUCUCCCGAGAGGCAAAUGUAGACAUACAUAAGGUCGAUGGAGGAAUCAUAAAUCUUGCUGAAGAUUAG